AUGGUGGAUAAAGACAGGAGGCUUUUCAUUACGAUACUCCAUGAAGGAACCACUUCAUUGUGGAGAAGGCAUCAGCCUUCAAGAAGACAGCAUGAAAUGUUUAAACUUACAAUCCAUCUACUACUGUCUCUCUUACGUCGUUCAUUUACAACAGAACGAGCUCUUUCUCUUUAUUCUUCUAUUUCUUUUCAAAAUUUCUCUUCAAUUCCAAAAAUUCCAUCAUGGCGGAAAAUAUUGACUGUAGCUAAUGACAUAAACACCAAAGCUUUGAGUGACCUUGACAGUUCCUGCUCACACAUACAAUCUAAUCUAUGUUUUGACCCAAGCAGAGAGCACAUCUCGGUCAUUAUAGGCCUUGCACUACAAGCCCAGUUAUUUGAGGGCUAUUCGAGGGACUAUGUGGCCGCUCCGAAGUGA